AUGCCACCGUACGAUUACCAUCUCAAGCUCGAGCUGUACGCGACGCCCGAUCCGACCGCGCCGGCACCAGGAAAGCAAGUCGGCCGCAGCAGCAGCAACAGCAAGGCUGCCACACCCGACCACGAUAUCUGGAUCCCCGCUCCCGGUGCAAACAUUUUUGACGAGCUCCCCUCCCACCCGCGACCUCAACUCCAACGAGAGAAACUCGCGCAACCGAUCCCCCCGCGCUGGCGGCAGUGGGACCUCAGCCUCGACAGUCCCUACAGCGACAGCGAGCACACAAGUAGCAGACACCGAACGGCGACGUAUCCAAGCACAGUCGCUGUGCCGGUGAACUCGAGGGUCAUCGACUGCGGCGCGCGCCGCGGUGGUGCCGCCGGACCUCACGGCACGGCUCCCCUCGAGAGCGCACAACCGUUCCGCCACCGAUACGACGAGCACACGCCCAGGGCCGAGGACGGGAUCGGCCCGCGCACGGCUGUUCGCGACUGGCGGUUUGGACGGGUCCGCGUCGAGAGCUUCGAUCUUGCUGCUACUACAGACAACGGGGAGAUCGGGAUGGCGGGGAACAAACAAGAGCGGGGUGAGGCCGCCACGGCGGCCACGGCCACGCCGGCUGCGAGCUUGGGACCAAAUCUGGGCGGGAUGGGGUUGUCGACUAAGGCGAGGUACGCCCCGCUGGAGACCAAGAAUACCGAGGCGGGGUGGGGGGUUGUCCACCUCUACCGGGAGGGCGAUGAGCCGGGUGUGAUGGGGGUAGCUCAGGAGACACAUCAUGGGCCGGAAGACGGGAACAGCAGGGGGCAAGAUAGUGCCGGAGGAGAUGAAGAAGGCACGAUUCUGUGUAUACCGGCUGUUCCCAGCUACAUGUCUCCCAGUGACUUUUUGGGGUUCAUCGGGGAGAAGUGGAGGGGAUGUGUCAGCCAUUACCGGAUGAUCAUGACCGGUAGAGUGAACCGGUAUAUGGUUUUGAUGAAGUUUCGGGAUAGCUGGAAAGCCCAGGAGUGGCGGAAGGAGUUUGACGGGAAGCCGUUUGAUAGCGUGGAAACCGAGAUCUGCCAUGUCACUUUCAUCAAGUCGAUCAUAGUUGAGACACCGAACGAGGCCAACACCCAAAGAAAACAUUCCGAGGGGAACAACGAUCGCUUCUCACCUACCUCUCCACUGGCCAAUUCCCUCAAACCAUUCCCACCGCCGACUCCAAACCUCAUCGAGCUCCCGACCUGCACAGUGUGCCUCGAGCGCAUGGACGACACUUCCGGCCUUAUGACCACACUCUGCCAGCACGUAUUCCACUGCACAUGCUUGCAAACCUGGAAAGGCUCGGGGUGCCCUGUCUGCCGGGCGACGAACCCCAAACCCACAGAGGAGUACGAUUCCGACAACCCGUACUCGCAGCCGUUUGGUUCGGGCGUCUCCAACAUCUGCAACAACUGCAACUGCACCGACGACCUCUGGAUCUGUUUAAUCUGCGGAAACGUCGGCUGCGGGCGCUACAACGGCGGCCACGCCAAAGAGCACUGGAAGAUGACGGCGCACAGCUUCAGCCUCGAGCUCCAGACCCAGCACGUCUGGGACUACGCCGGCGACAUGUGGGUGCACCGGCUGAUCCGCGACAAGGGCGACGGGAAGGUGGUCGAGCUACCGCGCAACACCACCAACGAUCGGCAGUCCCGGGCGGCCGCGGCAACCCCCGGCGGAGGCGGCCCAGCAGCCCAGGAGGACGUCGUCCCGCGCGCCAAGCUCGACAGCAUCGGCAUGGAGUACACCCACCUCCUCACCAGCCAGCUCGAGAGCCAGCGCGUCUACUUCGAGGAGAUGGUCAACAAGGCGGCGGACAAGGCCGCCAAGGCAUCCGCCGCGGCGGAAUCAGCGUCAAGCCAGGCCGCCGAGGCCCUGAAGCAACUCUCUGUGCUGCGCGACGAGCACCGAGUACUCAAAAACGAGACGGUGCCUGCGCUGGAGAAGGAGCUGGCCAAGGAAAAGGCGCGCGCGACUAAGUCGGCCGAGCUGGCGCGGAGCUUAAGCAAGGCGCUGCAGGAGGAGAAGGAGGUCAGCGCGGGGCUGAUGACGCGCAUCGAGCAUGUCAAGGGGGAGGCCGAGGGCACGGGAAGGCUGGUCGAGCAGCUGCGGGCUGAGAAUGAGGAGCUCAAGGAGAUGAAUCGCGAUUUGACCAUGUUUAUUAGCGGGCAGGAGAAGCUGCGCGAGAUGGAGAGGGAGGGGAGGGUUGGGCAGGGCGAGUUGGAGGAUGGCACGGUGGGUGUGGCGGAGGGGAGUGGUGGGAAGAGGAAGGGGAAGGGGAGGAAGAAGUGA